UAAAACUGUCGUAAAUUAUAUUUCAUUGUUUUCGAGAACUGAAUAACUAAAUAAUAUGCAAUGCUUCGAUUCCAAAAGCCGCCUGAUACAUAUAUUUGAACUUUAAAAAAUUACACACAAAAAGAUUUUCUAAAUGAAGACCGUCUAGUAGGUUACGCCUUCUGCAUGUGCCAAGAAGUCGCUUUGGCAUUCCUCCUCAAGACAGAAAGAACGGGCUUUAAUGUCGAGUGUUCAAGAAGACAGGGCGCUUUAAGAGAGUGCCCUACCCACGUGUAUGUCAGUUAACGUUAUUAUUAUAGAAACGAGCGACAUUUUGCAAUUUUUUUAGCCUAUAUGCGGAUUUGAAUGCCACGUAUGACAGGUAUAGCAGGCAUACUGACACCUGACAGACGUUAUUCGCUUUAAUCAGUUGAACUCUCGGGAUUAACACUCGGAGUUUAUCUCAGGUCAGACCGUUUAUUGUCGCGUGUGAUCGAACCGCUUCAUUCCUUCAUUGUGUUGUUACGGAAUAGACCGAUAUUUAGUCAUGACAGAGACGCGUGUUUCGCGCUGGUAUUUCGGAGGAAUUGCCUCGUGUGCGGCCGCCUGUUGCACUCACCCUCUUGACUUGAUAAAGGUUCAUCUGCAGACCCAGCAGGAGGUGAAGAUGAGAAUGACUGGCAUGGCUGUACAGGUGGUGCGCAGUGAUGGAGUGUUUGCACUCUACAAUGGCCUCAGUGCCUCCCUCUGCAGGCAGAUGUCAUACUCAAUGACCCGCUUCGCCAUAUAUGAAACUGUGAGAGACCAGAUAGCCAGUCAAAACCAGGGGCCCAUGCCCUUCUACCAGAAGAUUUUACUGGCUGCUUUUGGAGGUUUUACUGGGGGUUUUAUUGGGACACCAGCAGACAUGGUUAAUGUCAGAAUGCAAAAUGAUAUGAAGCUGCCUCCUGUGCUUAGAAGAAACUAUGCGCACGCUCUUGAUGGAUUGUUACGUGUCUUAAAAGAAGAGGGAAUACGGAAGCUGUUCUCAGGAGCCUCAAUGGCAGCUAGUAGAGGGGCCUUGGUGACUGUGGGUCAGCUGUCUUGUUAUGACCAGGCCAAGCAGCUGGUUUUGGGAACUGGUCUGAUGACUGACAACAUCUUCACUCACUUUGUUGCCAGUUUCAUUGCGGGAGGCUGUGCUACAGUUCUCUGUCAGCCCAUGGAUGUGGUGAAAACCAGACUGAUGAAUUCAAAGGGGGAAUACAGAGGAUUAAUUCAUUGUCUGUCUGAUACUGGAAAACUUGGACCUAAAGCUUUCUACAAGGGCCUGGUCCCCGCUGGAAUCCGCCUGAUUCCUCACACGGUUCUGACUUUCAUCUUCCUGGAGCAGCUCAGAUUGUACUUUGGCAUUAGAGUUGUUGCCGCUACUUGAACUCUGACCCAAAAUCUCCAACCCAGGCUGAUUGGAAUUGUGUGCCCAGGGAUACACUUUUGAGAACUGAGAAAUAUGUACAAUAGACUACAUCUUCUUGCAGCUAUUAAUUCACAAAUCCACUAGAGUCCAACUUGUACAUUUUUGACUAUCUCAAAUAAGUUCCUGGGGCACAUUUUCUCAUACUUGCCAUUUCUCAUAAAUACACUAUUUACAUUCUACAUAUCUUAAUGUCCUUCUCGCAGAUGUCUAUGAGAGAAGUCGGUCAGCUACUAAUAUAUCUGCUUGAUGUGUACUUAAACACCCACAUUCUUCCUUAAACCCAACCGAUUGUAUUUUCAAAAGCGAUCUAAAAGUGAAAAACCAUUGUGGCAAAAAACUUUGACCACAAUGUCAUGCUGUUUGUUUUGGGUUUCAUUUUAUCUGGUUUUUACCUGGUCUUUCACUGGACUAGAACCGUGGUCCUCUCCACUUCGUGUCUCAAGUCGGACACAAUUCAUAGUGAGCUACUAAGCAAACCAAUCAUAUCGGAAAAGCUGUCCAGACAGUGAUACCGGAAGUACCGCUUCAUAGCAUUCAUCUACACACAAAAUGCAGGCAUACUGUAUGUACCCACAACCACAUAUUUCUCAAUUCUCAAAAAUGUAUCCUAAUGAUCCUGUAUUGAAAAUCUCCUAAGGCUAGCAUUAAUUUCAGGAGAUUGGAUUACAAGUAGCUAGCACUAAAACCAGGUGUUAAAUGGGGUCAAACACAUGCUGGCAAUGAAUCACUGAAACCACAUGCUUGUGACCAAAGGACCAGUAGUCACCAGGCAGUCAUUCACUGUUCUAAAACAGUAGUCUCAAACAGUGACUUUGUCUAAUGUGUGGCUUUAUAAAUAAAAAAAGUAAACUAAAAUACAGUGGUGUGAAAAAGUGUUUGCCCCUUGUUGAUUUCUUUUGUCUGUGUGUGUGUGUGUGUGUGUCACACUUUAAUGUUUCAGAUGAUCACACAAAUUAAAAUAUUUGUCAAAGAUAAUGUAAGUAAACAAAUUAUGCAGUUUUUAUUAUUAAGGGAAAACACAAUCCAAAACUACAUAACCCCAUGUGAAAAGAUGUUUGACAUCCAUCACCCCCCUCUCAAACACACACACACACACACACACACACACACACACACACACACACACACACACACACACACACACACACACACACACACACACACACACACACACACACACACAAAUUCUGUGCACCAAAAUUCCCUGAAGGAGAAUAUCUUUCCAUCUGUUAGUGACCUCAAGCUAAAAACAAACUUGGUUUAUGCAGCAGAAUAAUGAUCUAAAACACAUCACAAAUCCACUUCUGAAUGGUUGAAGAAAAACAAAAUGAAGACUGGAGUGACCUAAUCAAAGCCUUCACUUCCCUGAAAUCAAAUUGACAUGCCGUGGCACGACCUUAAAAGGUCAGUUCAUGCUCCUUCCAGUGUGGAUGAAUCACAACAAUUUUGCAAACAUGAGUGGGCCAAAGAUUCCUUCACAGCGUUGUAACAGACUCAUUGUAAGCAAGAAAAAUUCUUGAUUGCAGUUUUUACUGGCUAAAAGGGAGGGUAAACUCUCUUCUAUGUAUUUCUUGUAUUUAGUUUUCCCUGAUAAUAAAACAAAAAACCUCUUCAUUUCAAAACUGUAUGAUGUGUUCAUUUGGGCAAACACUUUUUCACACCAUUGUAACAUAAACUUUAAAUUAAACAGUUUAAAAUGACACACCUAAAACUUACUAUAAGCUCUUUUAUUUGGAUACAACGAUCUUCUUAACUUUUUGGUUACAUCAGCCAAUAUAAAAGUUAAUGUCAGGUUUAGACAGGGCCAAAAUUCCUUAAACUUUCAUUUUUAGGGACAGUACAGAGAUAAUGUUUCUGUCCAUCAUGUAAAGCAAUGGACCGUAGUUCCAACCAAGUACUGGUGAAGGAAUUUCAUUUCAUGGGAGAAAAGGCACAUAGUGUACAUUUCUGCUGAUGAUGUGUACUUUUUUUUGUUCUUUGCAGUGCCAUCAAUGUUGACAUUUGAGUUGCUUGCUUUUGAUUAUGUAUUGCCAUAUUUAUUGUAUUGUACUGUUUUUUCUAUCAUUUGUUAGCUGUAGAUUGUGUGAUCUUGACUGUUUUCUUGAUCUUGAGUGGUUUCUCCAUGAUCAGUAAAAAAAGUUUCAUUUACCCAAAAUAUUAAACAAAUUUGACAGUA